AUGUCUGCUGUUCAACCAGUCGCCGUAUAUGCUCUCAGGGUCCCCCCUGGUGGUGCUUUGAUCCCUGCAGUUCCCAAUGCUGCUGCCAUGUUCCGGGUGAGCAUGGCUGCCAUUGACCCCGACGAGACCCCCGAUUUCGAAGACGACUCUUCUCGCCGCCCUCGCGCGACUCUCAAGAUUGUCCGUCCUCCCCCGGGCUUGGACCUCGACGAUGAUGAGGAUGAUGAUGACUACGAGGACGAUGAGGACGAGGACGAGGACUCGGACGAUGACGAGGAGGUUAAUGGUGGCCCCAGUGACAAGGAGAAGGCUCGGAAGCUCAGGGCCGCCGCUGCCCUGAAGGAAAUGGAGGAGGCUAUGGAGGAGGACGACUCCGACGAUGGUGAAGAGUUUGAUCUGAAGGCCGCCAUUUCAAAACUCGUCAAGGGCAAGGCUCCCGCCAUGGACGACGACGAUGAGGAUGACGAGUCCGACGAGGGAUUGGAACUCGAUGAGAUGGUCAUCUGUACCCUCGACCCCGAGAGGAACUACCAACAGGCUCUCGACAUCACUGUCUCCGAGGACGAGCGUGUUUUCUUCAAAGUCACCGGAACCCACACCAUCUACCUCACCGGAAACUACGUGAUGCCCCUCGAUGAGGAAGGCCGCCCCGACUUUGACGAGGAUGAUGAGGAUGACGAGGAUGACUAUGACCUGUCCCCUGAUGAGGAUGAGCUCGACAUUGACGAAAUCAUGAUGGGUGAGGAUGACGAGAGCGAUGAUCUCGAUGACCUGGAGAACCCCAGGAUCACGGAGGUUGACACUGACGAGGAGGAGGCUCCCAAGCUGGUCGAGAGCAAGGGUAAGCAAAAGAAGCGUGCGGCUGAAGAGGAAGCCCUGGAAGAGAUGAUGGCCAAGGCCAAGGCUUCCGCCAAUGGUGAGAGCAAGAAGCAGCAGAAGAAGUUGAAGAAGAACAACGGCGAAGCCGCCGCUGUGGAAUCCAAGCCUGAGGCCAAGGAGGCCAAGAAGGUUCAGUUUGCCAAGAACCUCGAGCAGGGACCUACGCCUUCCAAGGAGAAGAAGCCGGCUGAGAAGGCGGCCAAGACUACUGGCACCCUCGGAGUCAAGGAGGUUAAGGGCGUGACAAUUGACGACAAGAAGCUCGGUACCGGUAACGCCGCCGCUGCGGGCAAGACCGUCGCUAUGCGCUACAUUGGUAAGCUCGAGAAUGGAAAGGUUUUCGACUCCAACAAGAAGGGCAAGCCUUUCACUUUCAAGCUUGGCAAGGGUGAGGUGAUCAAGGGCUGGGAUAUUGGUGUUGCUGGUAUGGCAGUUGGCGGCGAACGCCGUAUCACCAUCCCUCCUCACCUCGCCUACGGCAAGCAGUCUCUUCCCGGUAUCCCUGCCAACUCAAAGCUGAUCUUCGACGUCAAGCUUCUGGAGAUCAAAUAG